AUGAAAUUGACAAAAGAUAGCAUUCACACAGUGAAGACUGUUAGUUUACAGCCACCAGUGUUUGGUAAGUGAGUACUGUAGCUCAGUCCUCAAACAAAAAUACAAUUGACCAAUAGCGCUGAACCUUAACAUAUAUAUACAGUGGAAGCACUCUUGAGCAGACAGCCUUGGAACGCGAAAAAGGUGUUCGUAACUGGAGCUGGUCCCUUACGGGAAUGAAAAAAAAUAAAGAGUUUGUAGGGGAGUUGAGUAAAAGGGGUUUUGUGAAAGUGGCUGUGAGUAGAGCUGUCCGCUUACGAGAGUGUCCGUUUGGAGAACUUCCGCUUUAUUAUUGAUUCAUAUAUUAAUAUCAUACACGCACGGUUUUCUUUAUUUCACGUUCGACAGAAAUUCCAAACUUCUUCACGGAUGAGGAAUGUGAAAUGAUUAUAGAUUUGGCUCAAGAAAAAGGUCUGAAAGAUAGUCCGCUUACCCCAGAUACUGACAAUAUCGAUGAUAAAGAUUCCACUGAUGGCAUAUUAAAGGCAUGGGACAGAAAUGAAGAUGGAUUUGUUGACAAGGAUGAGGUAAGAUUCCAUCCACGAUAUAACUUUACUUUGGUUGUUGUGUUUUUUUGCUAGACGCUGGGUGGUUAUGGUAUUAAUUCAAGUUUCACUCGUGUUUAACAAAUAGUAUGACACAAAUACUCAAGUUUUUUCGAACCUUUCCGAUGUUAAGAAAGAACUAUAACUUUUCCUGCUAUUGUAUUCCACUUGACUGAACAGGCUCUUUAUCAACCUGGUAAACGAAACGUUUACAUGACAGAAGAAGACGUGCUAGAAAUGUAAGUUAAUUUGAGUUCCUGAAUUUAGAAACUAAACGCGCGUUGUCUUUAUGUUUUGUUAUUUUCCUCCUAUUUUUUGAUUUAUUGCAAUGUUUCAUUUUAGGUUUAAAGCCCUAAACCUUGAUCAAGAUAAAGAUGGUAUGUAGUUAGAGGAUUCUCGUCUUGCUCCGUCCUCCUCCUCCUUCUUCUUCUUCUUCUUCUUCUUCUUCUUCUUCUUCUUCUUGUUCUUCUUGUUCUUCUUGUUCUUCUUCUUCUUGUUCUUCUUCUUCUUAUUAUUAUUAUUAUUAUUAUUAUUAUUAUUAUUAUUAUUAUUUUCUCACUGUUUUACGUUACUCUAGUUAGUGGAACUGUUCCCAAAUGAAUUGACUUGAAAAGAGCUACAAAGUUUCUGAAUAUUAACUUUUUCGAGGUGGCCAAUUUCUCUUUGCUAUGAUCUUUUUUCACGCCAUCUGAUUUAUGCAGCGCUAAAUAGAUUUUAUAUCAAACCUAUAGGAAGAAUUCCGUUAAAGAAUUUAGACCACACUUCAUUGGAAAAUAUCCACGCUCAUAUUGACAAGGAAGUAGCAAAGAAGCCGCGCAUGCGCAGUCAAAACAGUGAACAAGUUUGGUUAUGGCACGAUGAUGACGAACUUCUGCAGUACGAAGGUCUGCUCGAAGACUAUCACGAGAGGUAGAUUAAAGUUAUUUCAAUGUUUGCACCAGUUCAUAUUUGUCUGUUUAUUAACAAAAGAACAAAUUCAAACAAAUAGACAGCUAAAAUGGAGAUUUUACUGUUUUAAGAAACGCUUUCUUUAAUUUUUCAGAAUUGAGCAGCUUACCAAGCUACCAAAGCCAAUCCUACAGCAAAGCGAGCCACUGCAGGUAAGUUAAGGGGAUAUCUUCACGGUAGUCUAGCAAUUUGAGUUUUACAUUGGCAGAAAUUUCUCAUAUACAGCUCAAAGACGGAGAUUUUUGUAGACGUGCAUAUACUUAUAUUACAUCCAGUUAAGCCUAAAAAGUUUUCUUGAAAAAAUGCUCCAUUUCUCUUGUUUUUCCCCAUAGACGCGAUUUCGAGUUGGGAUUAUUUCCCUCGACCUUUCCUGUUUCCCGAAUGAAAGAGGUUAAUCUCUUUUGUCUUAUGCCCAAGGUGGUACGUUACAAAGAAGGAGGUCAUUAUCACUGUCACCAUGACAGCGAAGAAAUCGCGCAUGACAUACCUUGUUGCUUGUAUGGCUCUAAAGAUUGCAGGCUCUGCCGGUAAGUAAAUUACACGCCUUCUAUCCAAAAAAAAACAGCUUUACAAUUUCUAGCAGGGUAUUUUCAUGAUAGUGUUACUUUUUAACUGUCAGAUAUCUGACGAUCAUGGUUUUUCUAAAUGAUGUCGCAGAAGGAGGAGAAUGUGCAUUUCCUAUUGCUGAUAACAGAACUUUCAGUUGGAAGGUAUGACCAAGUAAAAAAAUCAUUACGUCCAGAAACUAUGACAAUACUGCCUGUAGCAUUAUUUUAACUUAGGUCGAAUGUACUGAUGUUAGGAUUGCAGCUUAAUUUUAAAAAAAUUCAGAAUUCUUUUCGUCUUUGCUUUCUGAUUUCAAUUUGGUCAAUCCCGCUGAGGUUUAAAAAACAUUAGCCCUAAUUUGCCCAAGUAAUCAACAAACUGAAGGAUUCUGGUAGUUGUAGUAAAAUGAUGUCAUCGUGCAAUUGCCCUAUUAGUUCUUCUUUUUUGGCUAUUUUGAGAUGUAGAGUAAGACUAGGUCGGGAUCGUGCCGAGUUGUAUGUAAAACUGUUGUGGGGAUGCCAAAACGUCUUCCAUUGGCUACUACAAAUUUACACCGGAAGCUGGGUCAAUCAAAACAGUACUAGGAUGCAAUUCCACGCAACGCAGAGCGUUUUCGCAUGACGUCACAUCCGCCAUAAUGGUGUUCCAAAACAAUGAAAUUGCGGCCAUGUUGGUGUCCCAAACCAGUGCUAUUGUUCCCAGUAAAUUUGCAUAGCUGCUGGUCAUGUGACUGAAAACGCUGUAUAUAAACUGAAAGAGUUAAAAGAUGAGAUAUCUGGUAAAAAAAAGAACAUAAUAUUUUGUCUUUUUCUCUGUUCAUAGGCGUGGUCAAAGCAAUCACCGCAUAGAUGUAACAUGGUAACUAACUGCGCUGUGUCUAACUUAGUUAUCAAACCUCAGAGAGGCAAGGCAGUAAUGUGGUACAAUCAUAAGCUACGGGGUUCACAGGGAUGGUUCGGUGAUUUAGACCCGCUGUCAUAUCAGGGAUCGACACUUCAGUUCUUUUCACUUUUUACCCAGCGCUUCUAA